UUACUGUACAUCGAUUAAAUUACAAAGCAACUUGUCUGUCCCGCGUUGAUGCACCAGAGAUACAAAAGCACGUGUUACGCUCCAAAUAUGACCAUGACCACCAAUUUCCCAUAGUCGUAUCAUCGUGCUCGUCAAGAGUUGGCGGUUCCGUUGAAGACGGGCACUGGCACCGAGUACCAAGUAACAAUGAAAGUACCGCGAUGACACAAUGCCGAGACUGGUCAGUUCACCUGCUCAUUCGUUCCUAGCGCGAGCUGUGCGAAGCAUCAAAGUGGUAUUCGGUGCGGCUAUUUAAUUGUGUAAAAAUGGAUAACCAGCUCAGUGGUAACGGCAAAGGGAGUGAAGACGAGCUUUUUCAAGAACUUAGAUAUCCAGAUGGGAGCGUCAAACUCAGAAAUCCAAAUAUUGAACUCAUGGAUCAAGACAUUUUGUAUCACUUAGCCUUGGGUAGUGAAUCUCAUGACUUAGUGGAGAUGUUCGGCGAUGUCAAGUUCGUAUGCAUGGGAGGAACGCCGAAACGUAUGGAAGACUUCGCACACUACAUAAUGCAAGAAAUAGGAUACAAAAUACCUACCGGCACAAAGCUGAUGGACAUAAGUCAGUACUCUUACAGGUACUGCUUGUACAAAGUCGGUCCUGUACUUUCCGUUAGUCAUGGUAUGGGUCCUUCGUCAAUCUCCAUUUUACUUCACGAGAUCAUCAAACUCAUGUACCACGCCAAAUGCAAAGACCCCAUCUUCUUCAGGAUUGGAACAUGCGGAGGAAUCGGUAUAGAAGGUGGAACUGUUGUUAUAUCUGAUAAUGCCUUAGAUGGGAUGCAGGAUAACAACUAUGCCGUAGCAACAUUGGGUAAAUUAGUAAAACGCCCAGCAAGGUUGGAUAAAAAGCUAGUCAGAGAACUGCAGGCCUUAGCUCAUUCUGACGAUCCGUAUGAUACUGUCACAGGUACAACGAUGUGUACCUCAGACUUUUAUGAAGGUCAAGGGAGGCUUGACGGUGCCUUCUGCGAAUACACGGAGGCUGACAAGAUGGCAUUUUUGAAAAACUUGAAAGAAAAACACAAUGUGACAAACAUAGAGAUGGAAAUUAUUCCAUUUGCUGCUUUGACCCACCAUGCUGGAAUCAGGGCUGCUGUAGUUUGCGUGGCGCUUUUGGAUAGACUCAGGGGCGACCAGGUCGCCACUCCCAAAGAAGUAAUGAACGAGUGGCAGUUAAGACCUCAAAUUCUCAUCGCUCGCUACAUAAAGAAAUACCUGCAGAACAAAGGCCGCAUCUCCUUCGACGGACACGGCUCGAUUGCGGUGAAGAGUCCCAGAAGAUUCAAACUCGUGCAGCAGGAAUCGCAGAGCAUCGAGUGAAUAUUGUUGAAACUUAGUUAUAUUUUUUUAAUAUCAGUUCAUGUGAUUGUUACGUACUUUGAUAAAUUUUCGUAAGUCUCGGUAUUUUCACUAAGCAGGGGGGUGCCAGUUGGCCCUCAAGGAUCAGCUUUUCAAAAAGUUUUUGGUACAGAUACACUUCUGCUCUCAAAAAGCUUUGUGAGAGAUACAGUUUUACGAAAGGUAUAUGUCCGGCCGCCCUGAGGAAAAGGCCUGCGGGCGCUCAUGCACCGAACUCGUUCAUCUACAGUCAAAUUAAUCCAAGUGAUAGUUACAGGUAUGCGUGAGUUUGUUAUACUAACGUCGUAAUUUUUUGGCAUCUCAAAUGACGUACAUUUUUCAAAAAUAAGGACGUCAUUUUUAAGACGUCUAUUUUUCUAAUCACAACGACGUUAUUUUGAGAAGUCUAUACGUCAUUAUGUGACGUUUAUACGUCGUCUCACAAGACUUUGUGAUGCCUGUAAUGCUCAAACCUCAAGUCACUUCUGGUAUUCUAAUUACUGCGAGAUUUUAACAUUUUGUAAGCAAGCACAAACAUAUUGGUUUCUCGUAUCUGAUUCAUAGAUGGUACAAUAUAUUUCAAUUAUUUAAACAAAAAAACCAUCAGACCUCAGAAAAUCAUUUUCUUAAAAUAACGUUAUCCUUCAGUAUGUCAGGGACGCACCAGCUCAAAUAAUGCACCUAAUUAUAUUCAUGAACGCCCACAGUUGGGUGGAACGAGGGCCGUGGUUCUCUCCCCUGAAAAACCGGUUGAACCAUAAAAUUCGCUUAUUUUAGGAUUUAGCCUUCUCUGCCCCCCUAAAAAAAACAUGCUAUCCCCCGCUCCUCAAAAAGUUGGGGAUAGGGAUCGGCCUUCCCUAAGAAAAAUUCUUACGGGCGUCCAUGAUUACAUUAAAGUUAAUUUUUAAAAACCACUUUUCGAUCAUUUAAUUUGACUGCAAAUGAAUGGGCCACACCAUUGAAUGUUUCCAUACAACAAUUAAGUAUUAUAUAACUUAUUAUGUAUAUGUGCAUAUUAUAAUAAUGAUCAAAUGAAGCAAUUAGGUAUAUCUUUUCAUAUUUAUUUUUCUUAUGUAAUUAUUGUACCGUGCGCUAUCAAAGUAUCGCCAGCGUUACAUUACACUAUUGCACAAUGUCUAAAAUGUUUGCUAGAAGUAUAAUUCCGAUCUUAUUAUAAAAAAAAGUUACAUCCAGACAUAUCAUGGAGAGACUCUUCCGUUGUUAUUUUUGUGUAUGAAAAAGUGACCAUCUUACCUACUCAAGAAUUCCCUUUUAAUUACUAUAUAGUUAUAUUAAUUAAUAUUAAGUAUUGACGUAUCGUAAGGAGAUGAGAGCCCAGAGUGCAGAAACAUCAGUAGUUGGUAAAACGUUGCAUUGCUGUUCAAUUUAAAAACAUCUACUGCCUUUAAUGUCCCGUAAUGUGCUUAACACCAAGAUUGUCGUCUUAAUGAAUCCACAAUCAGAUGGAAUUUGCUACUAUUAAUCCUGUACUAUUAACUCUUCCAAGCGAAACACACUACAGCGGCCACACACGUUGAGUGUUUCAAAGCGCAAUAACCCAGGAAUAUUAGAUAUGCUUUGCUAAUAAAUCAGAAUAAAUUAUUGAAGUCAUUUUAUGUGGAAACAAAAGCUUUUACGUGACCUAUGUACCCCAACACCUAUUUUUACCAUCAAGAAACCUUUAAAACGUGUUUUGUUGUGGAUAUGCUUUGUAGGUAGCACCACUACAUUUGUAGGAAUCCCAAAAGGAAUAUAAUUUCGGGAUCUGCUUUUUGAUAUUGCCCUCCGUGAGAUGCUAGGAUAACAGUGUUGGUCAGUUUGAAAUAGAACUGACUUCGAAACUGAAACUACCCUUGUGAAGGAAUAAGUAGUAUAUGGUGAAUCAAAAUAUAUGAAUCUACUAAAUUUUAGGUUUCACAUUGUUACCUGUCAAGUUAAUAUCUAAGCCGUAGGUUCAAGUUUGUAUAUAAAUAGAUAUUAAUUCAAAUACAGUUCUUGGAUUUUGUGAACUAGAAUAGAACAAAUCAUAUUUUAAGGAGCCACUGUUAUUAGAUCUCAAAUUCAAAAGUUAAUAAUUUUAACAUUUCCAAACAGAGAGCAUACAGUAGAGAAUCACCAGACCAUGUAUAUUGGAGGAUGAAGAUGUAUUUAACAAAAAUUUGGGAAGCGUAAACACAGAAACAAAUGAUUAUCACGUAUCAAGUAAAUUCCGAUAUAUUUUCUUAUGUAGGCCACGUUUUGAUCCAAUUCUCGGAAACAGGUGAUUUAAGGCUUCAACUGUUAUAUAAGCUAGUAAUAGUCUUCGUAUUCCUAUUUGUGAUAUGUUGCCUCUUAAUUGUGUAGCCUUGGAUAUUUCAGAGAACAGCCCCAACAUCACAUCGUAAGCCCUCUAUUAGUCAUAAUAAAUAAUGAAAUAUAUUUAAACAAUCUUGAGAAAUAAUUCAGCUUCAUUACCAAGCCCCAAUAGCAAAGGUCUUUCCGAACCCCAAAAAUUGAACCAUCUCACGUUGAUAUGUAUUGUACUUAUGAAAAACAGUGCUUCCAAGGCAUUUUUACGAUACAUUGAAAAAACUAAUAUUUACACUGCCUAAUGUGUGUGAAGAAUAUUUUUGGCAAAACUUGAGCAGUACUUUCACCUUAAGUACAUGCAACCUAUAUAAUAUAUUCUAAGCAGUGGAUGUGUUAUGAUUUUCUUGCUUGGCAAAAUUUACCUUUUAAACGAAUAAGCAUAAAAUUUAUCCUAAAUGUUAAUUACAAUAUUGUAGUUAUUAUAAAAAGACAAUAUCUUUUAAACUAUUAAGAAUGACCUUAUCUUGUAGACAACGAUUAGUAGUGAUGACGAAAAUGCCUAAAAAACAUCAAGAGGCUUCUAAACAAUUUUUAAUUUCAAGUUUGAUGUGGUGCCAAUUUAGUGUUGAUUCCCUUUCAGGAUCCAAAGUUUGUCCUGUUUAUAAAAAUUGUUUCUAGGCCCAGAAAAUGUUAUUGUUGAAUCUGCUCACCCGUUAUAUCGUUGUUCUUGAAAAAUUAUAAAUAAUUAACAAAUAUGAAAGACGCAAGCAGCUUGUUAUUUGUGAAGUUGAUUUUGUUGUUUCGUUAUAUGACCAGUUUCCAUAAAAACCACAUAAGCCCAUGGUUCAAACUAUUGUAGGUUGUAUCAAAGUUUGUUAAUAGUAAUACCUACCGCCAACAUGAGGUUUUACUAAAAAUUAUGCCAAAAAGCCAUUCUUACAACUUGAAUUAGAUACGAACUUUGAUAUAAAUUAUGUGUGAACCAUAUGGAUUUAUUAGAGUAGAUUAUAGGAUCUGGACAAAGUACUUUCUUAAGCAUAAAAAUUGCAAUUGCACAAUAAUUAAUACAUUAUAAACGCAAUUAUGUUAUAAAGGAUGCUGUUGAUGUGUACAAAUAUAUGUGUUUGUAAGUUAUUGUUGAUUGAUGUAUGUGUCAUUAGAUUUAGUCAGUGAUGAUUGAAAAUUGUAUCAUUUGAAAUAAAGUUUAUUGAAGGGAAC